UGACCUCGGCGAUCACUUUACAUGGCUCUUUACCUUGUGAAAUCGUGUGUCAAAUUCUGGCCAAAGACGACGGCGCCGUCGACGGCCGCUCCGAUACGUCUCCGACGUUUUCAAAUUCGCUUUCCGAUCAUCAGGAGUGAUAAUAUCACAUCGUUUUCGCCAAAUCGGACAUCGUCGUUCCAUUACACUACCAGCGUCGAUAAGAUUUCUCCGAUUUCGAGUUCUAAUAAUGAUGGAGGAAGAGAAUUCGUGGCGAUGUCUGACGAGAAACUGAUGAGUCAAUGUGAGAUGGAUACUUAUAAAUCCUCCGGUCCCGGUGGUCAGCACCGUAAUAAGCGUGAGACUGCGGUCCGUCUUAAGCAUCUCCCAACCGGCAUUAUUGCUCAGGCAUCUGAGGAUAGAUCUCAGCACAAAAAUCGUGCAUCUGCCCUAGCUCGAUUGCGUAGUCUGCUAGCUCUUAAAGUCAGGAACACUAUAGAGCUUGAAACAUACACACCUCCUCCUGAGCUGCUUCAAAUUCUUCCAGCAAAGUCAACAAUAAGAGGAUCAGAAUGUGGACCUCAAAUUGGGCCUAAUAACUCAAAGUUCAGUUUGGGAAUGCAAGCUUUAUUAGAUCUAAUAUUUGCCGUAGAGGGUUCUGUAUCUGAUGCUGCAAAACAUUUGGGCUUAAGCACUGGAGCUCUUUCUCGUCUGAUUCUGUCUGAUGAUUCUCUUCGACAGGCGGUUAACGAGUUCCGGACAUCUAAGGGUAUGAAGCCUCUCAAGUAGGAGCCGUUGGAUUGUAACUUGUACAUGCUGCAGUUAUCCUUGCAAGGAAGUGAAUUAGUUGCUAUUACACUACUUGCAUGUCAUGAAGAAGCAUCAAAGAUUUCGACACACAAACUCGAGCUUCUUUUGACGACAUGAAUGUUUGUGGCGAACGUUUGUUGAUGUAAAUCCACAAUAGAAAAACAGGUCAUUUCGUUAAUUAACGUAGUUUCUAUGUACCUAUUCUUGUAUUUUAUUUUUUUCAUGCACUUUUUCUUAUCCAAAAGAUGCCUAAAGGACCAAAGGGUGAUUGGUCCAACGGUAUUCAGGUUAUCAGCAUAGCCCAGAUUCCUAGGAGGUAUUUGUCGUUUAUAAAUAUUAUAUACUUACAAAAAGAUGAUUUAAGUUUCAGUUUCUGUUU